CGUUCACGUAGCAAUAUGCUCCCAGUUCUCGCGAUCUCGGUUUUCUGCAUCGUGACAUGGACAGCCGCGUUGAACGAUUCGUCACAAGAUUUACCCAGGUUCGGCAAACCGUUGAACAACCUGACGAUCUCGGUGGGUCGCGAAGCCGUUUUCACCUGCAUCGUCGAAAACCUUGGCCUGUACAAGGUGGCGUGGCUGCGUGUAGACACACAGACGAUCCUGACGAUCGCUACUCACGUUAUCACGAAGAACCAUCGAAUCGCUGUGACGCACAGCGGGCAUCGCACCUGGUCCCUGCACAUCAAAGACACCAAAGUUGCGGAUAGGGGAUGGUACAUGUGCCAAGUCAACACCGACCCGAUGUCCAGUAACACAGGAUUCCUUGAAGUAGUUGUACCCCCGGAUAUCCUGGACUACCCUACCAGCACGGACAUGGUCGUGCAGGAGGGGAGCAACGUGACGUUACGGUGCGCCGUGACCGGCACCCCGCAGCCGACGGUCACGUGGCGUCGUGAAGCCGGCGGCACGAUCACCUUGUCAAACUGGCACGAGGUGGCGAGCAUUCAGGGCCCGGAAUUGGAAAUAACACGUGUCACACGUCUCCACAUGGGACCAUACCUCUGCAUAGCUUCGAAUGGAGUGCCGCCAUCAGUCAGCAAACGGAUUGUUCUCAUUGUUCAUUUUCAGCCUAUGGUCUCGAUUCAGAAUCAGCUGGAAGCUGCUUACGAGGGCCAAACGCUGACAUUGGAGUGCCGCAGCGAGGCUUAUCCAAGACCGAUCACCUAUUGGACCAGGCCACCGAACGUAACGGUAGCGAAUGACAACAACUACAAAGUUGAAGCAAUCCCGAACGGAUACGCGAUAACGAUGAGGCUGACCAUAAAGUCCGUACGACCCGAGGACUUCGGGUUCUUCCGGUGUGUGGCGACCAACUCACUCGGCCAAACCGACGGAAAAAUUAAAAUCGACAGGAUUGAUCGUCCGCCGACAACCCGUAGGCCCAGCACAAGGCGGGACUCGAAGAAAGCCUGGAAGAUCGAUCACGGUCAUGAAAGGAAGACAGCCGGCAUGAAGGACGAACCGAUGCUGAAAGGCCUCGACGACGAUGACGAGCAGAUUGAUUUUCAAUCGGCGAGAGCCUCGUCGCUAUUCCACCGACACUUAUUCGCGAACCUCGGCAUCACCGCCAUCACGGCGAUCCUAGCCGGUCUGUCGACGUAGGAGGCGCAGCUCUGUGAUGACAAUUACCCUAGAAACUGUUUGAUCCGCGUCCCGUCGAGGUCGCCGGGCUUGACACGGCUCGGGCACGAGUUCCAUCCGCGCUUUGAACACGUCGGAAUCCUCGGGCAACAACGGGCCAAAGACUAAUCUUUUGAGGCAUCGAGGACCAGAAAGUUUCUUCCUGGGUACACCGAACUAGCGGCUAACAACUGCCGGGCGCAUGAAGAAAUCAGCGGUUCUCUGGUGUUUCGUGGGAUCGAGAGCAUCGUAUGGCCCUCCAGUGUAACGCGAACCAGCGAGACGUGCAUCUUCCGUUGCAACAGAGCUCCGUUUGCGUGCAGCUUUUCGGGAGGUAUUCCAUCGAGAGGUACAUUCACUCGGAGGAAACGCAUUCUUAACCCUUCCAUGGUUUUUCGGGUCUAUAUGAACUCUAGUUCGUGUACUAGACUUAUGCAUUACGCGAAGAAACUGGAAUUUUUCGUUCGAUCGCGAUUUCUGCCGUGCAAAAAGCUGUCGAAUGAACGAUCUGUCUCAGUUUUGUUUCAUUUCCGACGAAAUUUCGUUAAUAACAGCGUUAGCUUUAAUAUGAGGUCGUUUAACCGGUAGAAGUUUUCAAAUAAUCGUGUAAUUAACCCUUUACAAUUGUUAUUUUCGGUGUAGACAUAGUCUCCAUUGGUUCAGAAAGCAUAAUUUUCAAGACAAAUUUAUACUGAACGGUUCCUGUUGUUCAAACCCAAAUUGCUGAAACAAAGUUCAUCCGAAGGUCAUAGUCGUCGAAUGCAUUUUUUCGUCAGCGAUAACUCAGCAAAGUCAAAAAUACAUGGUGUCAUUUGAAACAGUCAAGGUGACCUUGACUUUUAGUAGAAAAACAAUAGUUUCUGAAAUUUGUUAUUUUUCGAUAUGUAGCCGACUAAAAGCUAAUUAAUUUUUAUUCGAAAUAUUUUUUCGUUAACAAUGAAACCUCGAGUAACCGAGCUGAGCAGUGCCACGUGGACGUUUGGAUAAUAGAACAGUUACUAAAUUAUACUGCCAGACUUUGUCUUUACUAAUUUAUACAGUAGACGGUUCACAUAUAGAUUGCCUAAAUUACUAAUUACAUAUCAAACGUUUUUGGAUAAUAGAGAUUUCUGAUAUUGAAGGUAUUAUAUUCAAUUUACGUGGAAUUUGGUGGGAAAUUGUACCGACACGGACUUCAUGAAACAAAAAGGUUUUUUAAUAAUUAUUAGCACUCUUCUUGUGACUCCUGAGAGAAGAGAUCCGAGUGGAAAGGGUUAAAUGAAGCGUUUUCGACAGUGAUUAACAGCCCACGGAUUGUUAUGGAAGAUAAAAAUGAUCUAAAAGCUGAUUGUAAGAAUCGUAAGUCGGAUACAAAUGUUUUUCCUUUUUUGAUCAUUUUUAAUAAGAACACGACAUAAAAAUAUCCUCGAAUUCUUUUCACAGUCUUUACAAUUUCAUUUUUGACCCAAACACUUUUGUCGAAAAUGCACAAAAUCCGCUGUCUAAUGAUUCAGUCAGGUUUGUAUCCAGCUGUACGCGAGCGGACACGUAUGUAGUCUACGUAUUGUUACAGUGCGAAGUUUUGUAUGAUUCCGUCGCUGAGACCUAGAAAGUCAUUGUUCGAACCGUUUGUUAGAAGCCAAACUGAGAAGCCAAAUGAAAUUUCAUGGAACAUUAAGUAGUUACGGUUAUAGCGGACGGAAAUAGAAAAUAUACGUGUAAGGAGAGAAAAAUUAUAUUGAAAUUCAAGCUAAAUGUAUCCUGUUGACCUUACUUACUUUUUUCGGUAGAGAAUACAUACAUGUAAUGCCAUAACGUCGCCUUUAUCAUCAUCUCCCAUAUUAAGUGUGCUAGAAAGAAAAGGUAUGCAGAAAGUGAAACCGAUCGAUUCGACUUCUAGCAGAUUUCUUUUGUCUUCUCAUUUUGUAUUCUCAUACCAAUCGAUGAUUCGUUCGAUAACGCAUGUGAAUUUGAUUCAUUCAUUGAAUUGAAGGGAAGAAAGAAAAAUGUCUUGUUUAGUGUCAUGUACAUUGCAAGAUCGAUGUUGACGAAACAAUUAUGAAUUUAUCAUUGAUUUAGCUGUUCUAGGGAAGCCAGUCAACAUAUUUAUACAUAUAGAAUGAGUAAUUAAGAUCGAUAUUGUAAUAUAAUCGUUUUGCGACAGCAAAUCUGCCAAUAAAAGAAGGAUGUAACGUUAUUUAAAUUUCUGAUAAAGAUAGUUUCUCUCUUCUCUUUUCAUAUGUUUCGCAAUUAUGUGCAUACCGGUGUUAUGAUUUUCAAAGCGAAGCUAAUCGUUUAGAAUUUUUCUCGGCUUGUAAAAAAAUGAACGUGACAUUGUUGAAAGAAAAUUUCUGUCCUGGAUAACGAUUGCGAGAAAAAGAGUAUUUCCCCCUGUAAAUAUUACUUACAUAUAUAUAUAACGGACGUGUAUAAUAACAUCGCUUUACGAUAUUUUUUUAUAUUGUUAAGUAACGAAUGGAGUUUACGUGUUUUCCAACAAUUGCGCAACAAGUUUUCCCUUCUAAAAUGGUGUAUUCCUUUUAGAAUAUCAAAAAUGUGAAGUCCAUUCCUUGCAACCUACAACACAUAAUUUAUCCACUGUAAUAUAAACAAAUAUAAGUACGUCGAUUCUGCUGUUUUAA